AUGGCUUCGCAGCCCUCAGACGAGAAGGAUCCUUGGAGCGACAAGCACAAGCAAAAGUUUCGCAGCAAGAGCAAGAGCGAGUGGUAUGACCCUUGCCAGGAGGCGGCGUCCAAGAGUAUCCAAUGCCUUAACCGCAACGGCGGGGACAGGGCCAUGUGCCAGGACUACUUCCAGGCCUACCGUGACUGCAAAAAGAACUGGAUCUCCCGUCGCCGACACGAUGUUGACAAGCCGGAUCCGACCCUGGCACCCGAGGCAUGA